CCUCAAGUCAGGAUCAACAAACUUACCCAAGGAUGUGCACGUGAUCUUUUGGACCCUCGGAUCCACAAACGACCAGCCCAUCGCCGAAACCGCGCCGAGUUCUCCUCCACCUCUGCCAUCAACAACCCAUCGCAACGACGGCACAGUCACCGACCAGUCGACCUCGGGGUGCGGAUCUUCCACAACGAGUAAUUGACUUUGAGAACCACGCGGCAGAGAGAGUUUCCCUUCACACGGCGCCCGCCCGCACGCACCCCCCCCUCCUCUCUCCCUCCAAGAUGGACCCGCCGCCCAAGAGCCCCGCGUCGGCACAGAGGGAUGCCUCACCGAGCCCCCCGGUGCCGAACCGGAUCCGGCGCAACACAGCCUGUACGAGCUGUCGCGACUCCAAGGUGAAAUGUAAUGCCAGCUUGACGCCCAACAAGCCUUGUCAGCGUUGCUCCAAGCUCGGGAUACAAUGUGUCGUUGACAAAUCCCACAAGCGUAUGACCAGAAGAAGCAAAUUAGAACAGCUCGAGAAGGAGGUCCAGACCAUCAAGAAUGCCGUCAACCCGAGCCCAGUCUCUGUCGCCGCUGCCCUCCCGUUCCCGAGCCCGAACACGGCGUACCCGGCCGUUGGCGUCUUCUCGGACCACGGCCGCCCGCCCCCGUCCGCGUCGCGCGUGAGCUUGCCGGCCCUGUCUCCCGUCCCGCGGCCCCAGCCCGAGCAGGUCCCGACCCCGACGCUGACGUCGCAUACAACCCCGACGGCGCCCGCGAGACAGCCCGCACAACCGCGCGCGCUGGGGUCCAAGGUUUUGUCAGGCGAGGACAUUGAUUUCUACUUUGAUCACUACUUUGAGCACUUCCACCCCUACUUCCCCAUCGUCCGCUUCCAGGAUCCGGACAGGCUGUACAGACAGAGCCCAGUCCUCUUCUGGACUAUCAUCGCCGUGUCAUCGCGCCGGUACACGCGGGACGCGGGCCUCUUCCCCUUCCUCGUCGAGAACCUGCCCCGCGAGGUCUGGGCUGCCGUGUCGGCGCCGCCCAUCAACAUGUCAACCAUCAACGCGCUGCUGGUGCUGUGCGCGUGGCCGCUGCCGACGAUCCGCUUCCUCAACGACCCGAGCUCGUCCUACGUCGCCAUCGCGCAGAACGCCGCCCUAGGCCUGGGCUUGCACACUGGCCGCAAUCACCCCGAGUUCUGCAUCGGGAUGCAUCGGCAGACGGACAUCACGGACGAGGAGGCGUGCUUCGCGUGGAUGGGGUACAACAUCCAGGCACAGAGGGUCGCGUCGAGCAACGGGUUCCCGCCGCCGGCUGGGUUCUUCAAUGAAGCCGUCAACAGGGCCGCCGGCGGGAGGUCGCUCCCCGAUGCCUUGGGGUAUUUUGGCCUCUUGUACGAGAUGCAAAAGUUCUCCAACCGGGUGAGCCGGACCGUCUCCGCUGUUACGGAAGAAGGCGAGGGCGUGCCCGACACCGUGAUCCAGCUGCUAGAGGACGAGAUGAACAAGCUGAGACAGCUGCAGUCUCGACACAACUCGGACCUCGACCUCUUCACCAUCCUUGCGGUCCAGUUCGAGCUGCAGUCGUACCACUUCGUCCCCCUCGCGUCCGUCGACAAGUCGACCUUCCGGCAUAACGUCAACCGCGCCUAUAGCACGGCGCAGGCCCUGAUCAACCUGAGCCUGCGCCUCGAGGCGUCGCGCCGCUUCCUCUCGCACGCGCCUCACCACGUCUUCCGCACCAUCCUCGACGCCGCUGCCGUCGUCUUCGACGUGCUGUUCUCGGGCCACGCCACCGACGUCGAGCUGGCCAACGCCGAGGUGUCGAUCCGGAACUCUCAGGAGGCCCUACGCCGGUGCUCCGUGCAGGAGGGUGACUUCCCCAUGCGCGCACUGCGCAUGUCGGAGAGCUACUGGAGCCUGCGGCACAUGAUGCCCGCGCUCGAGGCGCCCAUCUCGCAGUACCCGCACCGCACCGGCGCCGUUAUCGCGUUCGGGACGCUAAGGAGGUGGAAGAAGGAGCUGGAUCAGGCGAGGGUCGAAUACGGCGGCGGCGGCAGCAGUGGUGGCGGCGGUGGUGGCCAGGGGACGACGGCGGGUAUAGGGGGCGUGGGAGCGGGAGCGGUGGCGGGAGGGACGCCGGCUGCGUCGAUGCGUGAGUGCAGGGCGCGCGGGUCCGGUGUAAACGUUGCUGACCUUGUGGUAGCGGCGGCGGGGGCCGCGGAUGCGGGCAGUGCGGUGCCGACGAGCGAUCUGUUGCAGGACAUCGACUGGUCGAUGCUGAUGGACGACUUCGACUGGACGGCUGGCGGCGGAGGGGAGCCGAAUUUCCUUGGGCUUUCGUAGGGGAGGGGGGGUGUUCAGUAAGUAGAAGAUGGAGCGAAGUCCUUCUUUUGGUUCAUGGGCAGAGCCGGCGCAUUCUCUGGCGUUUUCACAUCGAGCUUUCCUUCCCUUUGCCUCUUUUUGGAUGGAGGAGGUCGAGAAGGAUGGGAGAAGGGGGAGGGGACUCUAGUAGAUGUUUGCCUUCGUGUUCUCGCACGAACAGAUUGAGUAGGUAACAUAUAAUGGCAAUACUUUAAUACGCCAAUUGGAAGCAAUGCUUUCAAGGGUCAUUCAAACCUACCAGAGCCCUCCUUUUCUCAAGCAACUGCGCACUAAAUCACUCAGUCCCUGAUAAGGUGUACAGUAUGCUUCCCCUGAACAGAAGUGAAACCCUAGGAAGCAUGUCCCGAUGCCUCACCUUCAAUUUCACGUCAAACCCAGCCCUUUUUUUGAAACAUAUACAGUCCUACUCUCGAGUGAACAGCCUUUUUUCUUCUCCAGGGCGCCGUAAUUAAAAACGUUCCCCAGCCUGUAAGGAUUGCCGCAGCCGAUUCACAAUUGCCCCCCUGGAACCCAAUGUAGAGGUCUGCCAGAAACAGACAGGCUCGCUGGAAGCCUGGCUCCUCCCUUGCUUAGUAGUUUCAAAGCUUAGAUUUCCCGACGAGCGCGCCUCUUU